AUGAGCAACGAUCUCGUGUUUGACUACACUUUUAGCUGGCCUGCUGGCCCCAAAGACGUUAUUUUAACAGGGACGUUUGAUGAGUGGAGAGGAACUUUGCCCCUGGUGAAAACUGCCCGGGGCGAUUUCGAAAUUACUAUGCCAGUCAGAUUGGCUAGUAAAAACGAUAAGUUCCAAUUUAAGUUUAUUGUGGACGGAGUUUGGUGUGUUAGUGAUUCGUUUGGAAAGGAGCAUGUCAGUGAGGGAAUUGAAAACAAUUUCAUUCAAAUUACUGACUUGGUCGAAACGCAAGAAGUUGUUGGCGCUAGUAGAAUUCCAGAGGCUGGCGGUCUGCUAUGUGGUAAGCCUGCUCGUGUUGCGGGGCCCCCUUCCACUAGUAAUAGAAAGAAGGGUAAAAGAAACAACAAAAAGAGAAGAUCUAAGUUAAAGAAGAAAACCAACAAGAAUAACAAGACAUCUAAUGAGAGUCAGGAAGGUGAUGAAGAAGAAAAGGAAGACGAAGACGGUUUAGCUGGAACCACUACAGAAGAUGUCACAGGUACCUCGAGGGAAGAAACACCGGUGGCGGAACCACUAGAUGCCGCCAGUGAAAAUCCAGGUGACUUUCAUAUCCUUCCAAUUGACCAAAAUGCAAACACUGCUUCAUUAGAGAAUUUUAUAGGUGGCCCAGGUCCUGUUCUUGUCUCCAAUCCAAAUGAAAUCAAAGAGUUCAGCGAAAUUAGAAACGUCGAUGCCAAGGAAUUGAACGAAAGGCUAAACAAGAAGGAGCCUGUCGUUGAGCCUGCUGUUGAACCUAUUAUUGGAGAGCCAGUUGUGGAAAACAUUACUGAACUUCCUUUAGCAGACGAGCCAAGUGAAGAAACUAAGGAAAUUGCUCCUAAAGUGGACGAGCCUGCUUCUGAAUUAGAAACAAUCACACCUGUCAUAAAUGAAGCUGAAGCCCAACCUGUUCCAGAAACGCAGGAAUCUAUCGCUGAACCACCAAAAAUUGAACCAGUGGGUAAGACCGUCCAACCCGAAUUGGUGGAAAAGCGUGAACCUACCGGUGCUGCGUUAGACACUUCUAAAGAAGCAGAAAGUAAGGUCAAACAAGAAGAAACUCAUACUCUAGACCCAACUGUUAAGAAGGACUCGAAGCAGGCCAUGGGAGAAAAAGCUGAAGUUAAAGCUAGGAGAUCACCAGCAGCUUCUGAAGAAAAAGAUAAAAAGAAAAAGAGACAUGAAGAGAAGGUCUCUAAAGAGAUCAAAAGAUCUGAAUCCACUAAGGAAAAGAAGCAUUCUACUAAAGAGCCUAAAAAACAACUUUCUACAAAAGUUCCAAAGAAGCAAACAGCUUCUCCUCUGACGUCCACAUCUGAAGACUCGAAGAAGAAGAAAACUGGGCUCUUCGGCAAAUUUAAGAAGCUAUUUAAAUGUUCCAAUUGA